GUCAUACAGGGAAAAUAGAUCAUCACAACAUUGUCGCGAAAUACCUAGACCUAUGAUGAUAAAGAUAAACAGAAAAUCAAUUUUUGCUUUGUAUCUUACAGUUUUCAAACCAUUUUUUGUUUUAUCUCAAGCAAAUAUGUCUUCUGGUGUAACCGAAGCAGACAAGUAUUCUGUGGCAUAUGUGACCGUGCCAAGUAUGGAAGUCGGCAAGACGAUAGGACAUGGCCUGGUGAAGAACAAACUGGCUGCAUGUGUGAACAUCAUACCACAAGUCACGUCUAUUUACGAAUGGAAGAAUGAGAUUAAUGAAGAUAGUGAGUUACUUCUCAUGAUCAAAACCCGCACCUCCCAAGUCGACAAGCUCACAGAGUUUGUUAGAUCAAAUCAUCCAUAUGAAGUGUGUGAAGUGAUAUCACUUCCAAUCAAGAACGGCAACCCUCCAUACUUGAAGUGGAUCGGGGAAACUGUACCGGAGAGUGUGGCGAAGAAUUGAAAACUAGUUGUUUAUGGUUAGGAUCUACUUUUGUUUGCUCCGUACAUUUUCUUAGCUGUUUUGAAAUAAACUUGAAAUUGAUUUAGACAGAUUAUUGAUACAUGAUUAAAAUGAAAUACUAUUGUUAAGCCCAGUGCAGAUCAAAUGCAUAUGAAACAUGUGUAAGUAGCAGUGUGCAUUUAUUGUGCGGAAGGCCAAGACAUAUUCGAAAUAUUUAUAAUCCAGAUAUAAUUAAUGUGUUUAAGAUAAUUUUAAGACUUGACAUUUUUAUCUUUAUUUAAUUAAUAAAAAACAUGUGUUUACAACACUAUUUUGAGAAUGUAAGACUAUAGACUGAAAUAUUGCACCUAGAGCAAUUAUAUAGUCUGCUUGGGAAUACAUUAAAAAUUAACUCCAAAAAUCAUGACUCUUUUAAUGAUCGGAACAUCCAUAAACUCAUGUAAAAAACUUAAAUUUUGUAACAACUUUUAUAUAGAAGUUAUCUUCUUCAUUGUAAUAUUCAUUUUGUGUAAGUCCAAAUUUCUUGCAUGUGACCUUACAUGCGUGCUGCAUACGCAUUCGGUUUACACGGGCCUAUAAAGAUAUAUAAUAGGAAAUUGUAUGUAUUUUAGAUCCCCUAGGGGUUGAAAUGGGGGUAGUCUGGUAAAAUUUGGUAGUAGCACCUUGGUUGUUUGGGCAUUCCUAAUGCCCGUCCUUAAAAACAAAAAAUCUAAGUCAUACUUGUAUUUAUAACAGCACUGGGCUUCGCUCCCGUGGACAUUUCGGGAUACAAAGUACCCUAUAUGUUAUUCCAGAUUAUAUUUUACUUGUGUACCAAAUUUCAUAACAAUCCGUCCAGUAGUUUUUGCGUGAAAAAGUAACAAACACAUACAUCCUCACAAACUUUCGCGUUUAUAAUAUUAGUAGGUUUUGUUAUUAUUAAAACAUUUUUGUAUAGUUAAGUUUGAUAUAAAAUAAGGAAAUAAAUAGUUUGAU